AUGGCUGGAGAGGUACCUUUGGAGAUCUUGCAAAAUUUGCAGCAGCAAAUUCAGGAGAUGAGGGCGGAAAUCGCAACAAUGAGGGCGGAACAAGCGAACAGAGUAGGAGGUCAUUCUGACCGCUCUGUCAAUGUAGAGACAUAUCAUUCAGACACCGGGGAACAACCUCAUACCCAAGGUGAGGGACGACGAGAGAAUCAUAAUCCUGUGCCUAGUGAGGGAGUUGGAGGAGUUAACGGAAGAGGGGCAGGUAGAGGUGAUGGACGACCGGUAAGCAGGGCUGGGAGUAGAAGCGGAGGGCGAGGAAGAGGGCGGGGCAAUGACAGAGGCGAUCCUCGUCGCCAGGAAGAGAGGCAACGAAACGAAGAGCAAAACCCUAUACAUGGCGAUCAAGUUGAGGGAUUACACCCUUUCACACCACGGGUAAUGCAAGCAAUCAUACCAGAAAACAAAGUGUUGCCAUCAAUGGAGAGGUAUGGAGGUUCCUCUGACCCUGUUAAGCAUUUACGAUCCUUCGUAGAUGCCAUGGCGGUAUAUUCGUCCGACGAACUGGUAUGGUGUAGAGUCUUCUCUCUUUCAUUAAAGGAAGAAGCAUUGGACUGGUUCCAUUCCUUACAACCUGGAACCAUUGACAACUUCGUCAAACUGCGCCAGCUAUUUACUCAGCAGUAUGCCUCGAGUAAGACGCCCGGUGUGACUUACACGGCCCUAGUAAGAAUGAAGCAAGGACGAGAGGAGUCCCUCAAACUUUUUAUGGAUCGGUUCAACCGUACCGCCCGGCAGGUACAGAAUGCCGAUCAGCGACUGGUGGUGAGUGCCUUGACCACUGCAUUGCGNCCUGGUCCGUUUUGUGACUACCUCCACGCAGAAGAGCCCCAAAGCAUGGACGAAUUACAAAGCAAAUUGGCCAGUUUUAUUCGUAUAGAAGAAGGGAGAGCCCAUCAACGUGGGAGAGAAGAGGGGGAAUCAGUGNCCCGUCCGGCCAGANUGAGAUCCGGACCACAGUCCGGUGGGAAUGACAGGAGAGGAGGCUACAGAGGCAAAGAACACAACCAAAUGCAACAAUACAUUCACCACACUCCUUUGAAUGCACCNCGUGCAAGAGUACUGGAAGAGGCGUUGAGGGNCGACCUGCUAACAGUGGUACAAAUACCUACACCUAGAGGAGCUGAUGAAAGCAAAUAUUGCCGGUAUCAUCAAAAUCGGGGCCACACAACUGAAGAUUGUCAUACAUUGAAGGACAANUUGGAAUCUUUGGUUCAAGCANGACAUCUUCAGAANUUCGUCCACAGGGGAAGAGCGCCCACCAGACCCGAUCGGACCUCAUUGCAGCCAGAAUCCCGAAAAAGGACCCGGCCGAGAGCGGAUCGGAGCAGAAGCAGAAGCGCUNACCGAACGGUCAGAGGAGUAAUCAAUACUAUUUCUGGAGGGUUUGCAGGAGGUGGAUCGACGUCAGCCGCCCGCAAAAGACACUUAAGAAACUUGCAUAGCUCCCACCGAACGGACACCUCAAAAAGAUCUAUGCCCGCCAUCACUUUUUCUGAUGAUGAUUUCCAUGCACCUGACUUAGAGCAAGAUGACCCGAUGGUGAUAACAGCAAUGAUCGCCAGGUACAAGGUGAGUAAAGUCUUAAUAGAUCAAGGUAGUUCGGCCAACAUAUUAUAUUGGAAGACCUUCAAGCAAAUGGACAUAUCGGAGGAUGCAAUUUUGCCUUUCCAUGAGCAAAUUGUAGGAUUUGCGGGAGAGAGAGUGGAUACAAGGGGGUAG